UUUUUAAAUAUCUGCACUUUGACAGUAGUAGCAAGAUAAACUAAAAGUUAUUUUUCUAUUGCAAAGAGAGAAGAGGUGGAUUUUUUUUUCCUCUUUUGAUUCCAACCUUUUCUCCCAGUGACAAAGCAUAAAUUAUUGACACCAGAGAAUAGGGUGGACCUCAGGAAUCCAGAAAAGACAGCAACGUACAUCUUCCUCAGGAGGGAAGUGUGGGGUGUUUUCAGCCCUCUCUGGAACCUAAAACGAAAAACAUGAGUUGCGUGCCAUGGAAAGGAGACAAGGCCAAAUCUGAAUCCUUGGAGCUGCCCCAGGCAGCACCCCCCCAGAUCUACCAUGAGAAACAGCGCAGGGAGCUCUGUGCCCUCCACGCCCUCAACAACGUCUUCCAGGACAGCACUGCCUUCACAAGGGAGACACUGCAGGAGAUUUUCCAGAGGUUGUCUCCAAACACCAUGGUGACACCCCACAAGAAGAGCAUGCUGGGAAAUGGGAACUACGAUGUGAAUGUCAUUAUGGCAGCACUUCAAACCAAAGGCUAUGAAGCUGUUUGGUGGGACAAGCGCAGAGAUGUCGGUAUCAUUGCCCUCACUAAUGUCAUGGGCUUCAUCAUGAACCUGCCCUCCAGCCUGUGCUGGGGUCCACUCAAAUUGCCUCUCAAAAGGCAGCACUGGAUCUGUGUUCGAGAGGUAGGAGGGGCCUACUACAACCUCGACUCCAAACUCAAGAUGCCUGAGUGGAUUGGAGGCGAGAGUGAGCUCAGGAAAUUUCUAAAACAUCAUUUGCGCGGAAAGAACUGUGAACUCCUACUGGUGGUACCGGAAGAGGUGGAAGCCCGUCAGAGUUGGAGAGCUGACGUGUAGCACAGUUCUACCCAACCUGCCCCUCGCUUCAGCCCUCCAGCCUCUGUGACGUGCUGUGGCCUCUACGUGGGUCUCUCUGGCCACUUCCUGAACAUCUCAUCGGGUUUCCCCUUCAGAUUUGCCAGUGCAAUAGGACAGAUGAGUGGACUGUUACAAGAACCACCCAAUGUUGUAUGUGCCUGGGGAAGGAAGGUAGGAAUUCCAAGCAAGCCAUCAAAAGCCUUUGUUCUAUUUCAGAGAGAGGAGAGGGAGGCAAGAUGGGUCCUUGCUGACUUUCUCCUUUCUAUAAGGACUUGACACAAGUUCUGCUGGAGUUGUCACUGCUGCUCCAGACUCACAGAGAGGCUACUUCCUCUUUCCUCUCCUGUGGCACCAGGGGUUGCAGAGCCCAGUGACUGGCUGGAAAGACCCAGAGCAUAAGCUCUCUCAGGAAACUGUCUCCAAAACCCAGCAGUGGCACCACGUGCCGCCUGCAACCGUAACACCAUCCCUUCCCCCAUUUUUAAGGUUGGUUUAUAGCCAGCUUUGGAGUUUUAUAGUAAAAAGUUCUCUAAAUUCCAAGCCAGGUGUUUGAAUCCCACAAUAUUCUAAUAAGAUAAAGGUAAGAUAGAUACCUAAGAGAAUGUGGCUAUGGCCACAUGGGGACAAUUGGGGUGGCUUUUUUCACUCCAGUUUUGUCCCUACCAUUUCACUACAUUGAUUCAGGAGGCUCUGGGGCAAAAGACGAGGAAAAGAGACAAUUUUCCCAGUUGAUCCCCUCUGGAAAAAUAAAAAAAACGUCUACUCUUGAUGUCAGAUUUUGCUAAUUUGAGCCAGAGUUGAGUGAGGAAAGUGAUGUGAACAUACGCUUCUCAGUUUAAGAGCAGCUAGAACUGGUAAGUCUUAGAUUUGGAGGCUGUGACUGUAGUGACAAGGAGCAGAGCCCUCGAGUGAGUGGUGAUGUACAUUGUUAGAGGACCUGGGUUGUCGUCUUCAUGCAGUUUCCUUUACUGAUCAGCUGAGGAUUGGCCCACCCCCUACCUCUUGAAAUACCUGUAAGCCACUUUUCUCCUGUAACUUUGGAAAACACAAAGAGAAAAUAAGUAUCCUACCAUAAGUGUCACCAGAGUGGCUGUGGUUGCCUCAAGGCAGGUGGGCAGGCAGGGGUGACCUGGCCAGCCCUUAUAGAUGCAAGGUCUUGGCAGGUCUGAGACCUGCCCCACUGGCCAGACGUCGCUCCAGCAGCAGAGCCAGCCUGGGGCUUGCAUGUUGAUCCUGAGCAAGCUUAAUGGGGGGAGGCUGGGGCUUUCUCCCCACUGUGACAGCAGUGCAUGUUUACACCAGCACUUUUUCUGCACAUGUAUCUUCAAUCCAACAAGGCCCCACGCGGCUACUCGUUAUGCUUUCUCAGCAGCUGGCCGCAGUCUCUUCUGCACCAUUUUCUACCCCAGACCUGCUUGGCACCACAGGGAGCUCCACUCCUGCACAAUGACAUUCCAACAACCACCAGCCAGAAGUUACAGCCACCCUUGCUGAUUGUCACAAGCAGGACCUUGGGUCUGUUGGCACCAUCGGUGUUAGUAAGCCAUUUCCUGGGAAGAGGAAGCUUCUCUCCAUCAAUCUGCUUGGGACCGUGCAAAUUGCACUUCAGCGUCCCAUGCACGUGGAGUCCAUGAGCCAAUGGGAUAUGCAAAGACGCUAAAACAUUUCAGGGCUGGUUUCUCUGUUCAUAUCCAAUUCUGGUGCUUAGGAACAGGGACCCAUGCUGAUGCCCAAGGGCAAAAAGCCCCACUUCCUUUAAGGAAGGGGGCAGGUCUGACCCUGAUGCCCAGAAAGGGGCAACCCUAGGCUUUGUUUUCUUGCUUUUAUCCCCUUUUUUUCUGUUGGCCUUGUGCUGGGUUUGUUUACAAAAGAUGUAUUUUGUUUAACCAAAUAUUAAAAAUGGA